CGUAGGCCCAGCGAAAAAUUAAUGCAUUACAGUAUCCGAUUUACCUUAUAAUUCGUGUUACAUAGGCUUCCCAAAUCACAGGACAUUUCACAGAAUUCCAACAUGAGUAUUAUGUCCACUGUGACUGUGGCUGUGAGUGUGUAUACAUGGGGGCUGUGUUUGAUUAGCACCGUAUCGCCAUACUGGACUUACCAGAACCAGGGCAACCAAAUCAUACGUACAGGUCUAUGGCGCAAUUGUACAGUGCAUGGUGUUACUUCAGACUGCAAGAAACCCUCUGAAGGUUGGAUUCACGCGGUCCAAGCCUUGAUGAUAAUUGGCGUGCUUGUAUUAUUUCUGUCCAUGGUAUGUGGAUGCCUGAAACUGAAAGAUGAAUCAAGUAGCAAGGUUGCUAUUGUAGCCACAUUAUCUGCAUUGCUUGGCGGAUGUUUGGUUGCAGCAGCUGUUAUCGUAUUUGAAGAGAAAGACAAACACAACAGUUCUAAAUUUAGCGCUGGCUUCUGUCUGCCCAUCAUAACGGCAGUGACGGCAUAUAUAGCUGCUGCACUGUUCGCUGUUUCAAGACGGGACACCGGGUACACUCCUCUUGCUCCUUAGCUUUAGAUGAAAGAACUAAUGAGAAGCUACUGAAGCUUUAUUAAACUUUCUUGCUAGUACAAAAAAUCAUAGUGCAUUUUUUAUAAUCUGUACAUUAUUAAAGUCAAUAGCAAGACUUGUACUCUAGAAGCUAAAAUACAUAAAGCACAACCAUUAUUUCAGCUGCUCACAAGGCUUCUACAAGACGCCAUUUGUGUUUUUUAAUUCUAUAUUUUUUUCUUUGCCAACAAUUUUCACUAUAUGCCUGUCAAUAACCUCUUUGAGGUCACUAACCGGGAUGUUAGUGACAACAGUUAUAUGUUUGAAUUAUGAAAUAAAAACAUUAGUUGGACAGCUUGCUCAGGCAGAAAGGUCAAAAAAGUGUGUUUGAACACUCUUACUCAGAUUGGUGUGAUGUGAACUGCGUCAUUAGUAAGAGAGACAAAAUGCGAAUG